GCCACCAAGUGGAGAAAAUAAAUGUUGUGAGAUUUUGUCUGCUGUUCUUUUUCCAAUCUUUUCCCUGAAAUUCCUGGCGAUUUUUAUACAAAAAUGCCCCCGAAAGUGCGCGCAGAGAAGGUCUAUGAGGAUUACUUGGAGAGUUUGGCGAGUAACCACAAGUUUCGUAUAGGAUUCCUGCUGGGAGCCGAAAAUGUGGGCGGUUUCCAAGGGAUUAUCAUCCACAUGGCUCCAAUGUCCAUUUCCGAAACUGAGGAGCAUAAUCCUCAGUCGAUUUUAAGUGUGGAUAGUGAUGAAAUCGUGUUGGAAGCUGUUAACCUCACCAGAAUGCUUCCCGGAGGAUUUUCUAUUCUGGGACUCUUUAUUGUUUACCCAGAUAAUCCAUUAGAGAAUGAUAAGCAGAAGAAGAAGCUUUUGGAUAUGGUGAAGAAGGUGCAGGAGCAAUUUCGCAUGAAUCCCUUCCUGAUGGCAUCAUUGAGUGAGGAGAAGGACUUCCUGGUUCUUGUAUAUUCGUCCGGACGUGAAAAUCCCUGUGUGUGUCAGCAAAUCCACACAGGAAAACCGGUGGAUGUCGUAUUUGAGUCACAGAAGCUCAAAUGGUACGACGUUGAGACAUACUACAAUGUCUGUAAUGAGUAUGCACUGGAGAAGAUCGGAGAUUCAUGCAAUAUUGAAGGGAAUAUGCAGAAAAUCUUGGGAAAGUUCAAGCAAAAACUGGAACAAUCAGAAGCAUUUGUGCAUGACAAUCCUAUAAAAGACCAACAAACUGUGGAAUUGCUGUUUAAGGAUCCCAAGAGCACGGAGCUUCAGGUUCAGCUUAACCCUCUUCAAUUCUUUGAAAGUGAGGAGUCUCAGUUUGAAGACACUGCUGAGGAAAUUUGUGAUGGAACAUUGAGACUGUCAGGAAGCAUGUGUUCCAGAGUCUUUGUUCCCAAGGGAACAAAGUUGACGGAAGUGGCGAAGAACGCAAAGAAAGAUAUCCUAAGAUCACUAGCUGCCCGUUUUCAACUGUACUGCGACACUUUGCAAGGUGAUCAGGUUGCCCCGGACACUCUGAUUGAUCUGCACUCUGACACUCCACGGAGGGUUUUCUUCACUGUUCAGCCCACUGCAGUACAGUUCUGUGACUAUUUAUUCGCUGGAGAGAAUGACGACACAGUCCGGGAGAAUGUCAGCAAGUCAAUGGACAUUAAUCUGGAACCCACUGAUAUAUUCUUGUUAGCAGAAGCAGCUCCGGAAGCACAAGACGCUGAAAAUCUGCAAGAUGAGGAGAAGAAAAGCAGUCCAACUCAAGACACUGUCGAUCGACCUGAGAUAUACCUCAAAAUACUGGCUGGAGUGUCUCUCCUUGUGGCCCUUGUGGCCGCCUUCAUGGCCUUGCAACAAGAUCAAGAGAAAGAGUGAUCAUUCAAAUGGUCACAUAAGUCAAAUUUCAAGUCUCUUGCCCACUGAACUUUCCACUUUGAAUUCCAGAUAUUGAAGUGUUUGCAUAAA